AUGAGACAUCAAGCAUGGUGUGCCCAGGGCAUCGUCGGCCGCGGCGUCCUCCUAGACUACCUCCACUGGUCCGACUCCCAGGGUCAAACGUACGACAAACUCGGCGACCACGCCAUCACGGUCGAAGAACUCAAAGCCGUGGCUGAGUCACAGGGGGUCACCUUCAAAAAGGGCGACAUUCUGCUCGUCCGCACAGGGUUCCACGCGGGUUACGAGACCUUGAGCGCCGAAGAGAAAAUCAGCUGGAGUCAUCAACACCCGACACGCCACGUCGGGGUCGAGACGUCGAGGAGCAUGGCGAAAUGGCUCUGGGAUUCCCAAUUCAGCGCCUGUACCUCGGACGCCCCGGCCUUUGAAGCCAUUCCGAAGCGGUCCACGGGGAUUGACGAUUUGUUCUUGCACGAGAUUCUUUUGAGUGGUUGGGGGAUGCCAAUUGGUGAAAUGUGGAAUCUGGAACAGCUCAGCCGACACUGCCACCAGACGAAACGAUACACGUUCUUCCUGACCAGUAUGCCACUGCACGUUGUCGGUGCAGUCGGUAGCCCCUCUAACGCAGUGGCUAUUUUUUGA